AUGGCCGUGUCGAGUGCGCUUGUGGGUGCGAAGCUCGAUGCCCUGUUGGUCGGCAAUACGGCGUCGUCCUCGUUAUCUGCGUCUGCAUCACCGGCUCAGAUCGGCUUGCUCGCCAAGCCGGCCGCUGCUCGGGCCAAGCGAGCAGCGCUGAUCAGGAGGAAUUCUGGAAUUUUCAGGUGCGAGGCUUCUCGGGAUGCUCUGGUUCAGACCGAGAAGGUGGACCCCAUCAAUGCAGCUUCUUCGGCGUCGAGCCUCACCGCUCUGGAGCAGCUCAAGGCGUCUGCAGCUGACAGAUACACAAAAGAAAGAAGCAGUAUAGUGGUAAUUGGUCUUAGCAUCCACACAGCACCCGUCGAAAUGCGUGAGAAACUAGCUAUUCCUGAAGCCGAGUGGCCACGAGCUAUUGGCGAGCUUUGCGGUUUGAAUCAUAUUGAAGAAGCUGCCGUUCUUAGUACCUGCAAUCGGAUGGAAAUAUAUGUUGUUGCCCUUUCCAGGCAUCGAGGUGUUAAAGAAGUUACCGAGUGGAUGUCAAAGACGAGCGGCAUCCCCAUAACCGAGAUCUGCGAGCACCGAUUUCUCCUGUACGACAAUGACGCGACCCAGCACCUCUUUGAGGUCUCGGCUGGCCUCGACUCUCUCGUUCUUGGCGAGGGCCAGAUCUUGUCCCAGGUGAAGCAGGUGGUGAAGACCGGGCAGGGCGUGGUCGGGUUCGGCCGCAACAUCAGCGGCCUCUUCAAGCACGCCAUCACCGUCGGCAAGCGCGUCCGCUCCGAGACCAACAUCGCCGCGGGCGCCGUCUCCGUGAGCUCCGCGGCCGUCGAGCUCGCCAUCUCCAAGCUCCCCUCCGGGGCCCACUCCACCUCCCGAUUCCUCCUCGUCGGUGCGGGAAAGAUGGGCAAGCUCGUCGUGAAGCACCUCGCGGCGAAAGGCUGUCCGCGCGUCGUCGUCGUUAACCGAUCCGAGGCCCGCGUGUCCGUCAUCCGCGACGAGAUCAAAGAAAUCGAGGUCGUUUACAAACCGCUCGACGAGAUGAUGGGGUGUGCUGCCGAGGCGGACGUGAUCUUCACGAGCACGGCCUCCGAGACGCUGCUGUUUGUGAAAGAAGACGUUGCGGGCCUCGUGCCGGGCCCUAAGAUGUUUGUGGACAUAUCGGUGCCUAGGAAUGUGGGGGCAUGCGUGGGGGAGGUGGGGCCUGCUGUGUACAAUGUGGAUGAUUUGAGGGAAGUUGUGGCAGCUAACAAGGAGGACAGGGCACGCAAGGCGAGGGAAGCGUGGGCGAUCAUAGCGGAGGAGUCGGGGCAGUUUGCGGCUUGGAGGGAUUCGCUGGAGACUGUGCCUACCAUCAAGAAGCUGCGGGCUUAUGCGGAGAGGAUACGGGCGGCUGAGCUGGAAAAGUGCCUGUCGAGGAUGGGGGAUGAUUUGCCGAAUAAGGCGAGGAAGGCGGUGGACGACCUUAGCCGGGGGAUUGUGAAUAAGUUGUUGCACGGGCCAAUGCAGCACCUGAGGUGUGAUGGGAGUGACAGCCGGACGCUGGGUGAGACGCUGGAGAACAUGCACGCGCUGAAUCGGAUGUUUGGUUUGGAGACAGAGGUAUCGGUUCUGGAACAGAAGAUUCGAGCCAAGGUGGAGCAGGUGAAAAAGUGA